GCAUGUGUAACAUCAUUUAACUUUUUUUGUUUUGUAUAAACAUAAACAAGUGAUAUGGAAAAAGUAACUCAUUUAUGGAACAUAAAUCAGUUCAUAACAAAAUUGAAUUGUUCGCAAAGUAAAAAGUUGCAAACAUUUUACAUAGAGAAAUGUAAAAGAAUAAGCAAAGGAAUACUAUUACCAUCUCAAAAUUUUAGUCCCUCUGUGAUGUGUCCAUAUUGUGGAUCACUUUGGAAUACAGUAAAACAUAGUAUUCGAUUACUACAAGGUAAACCACUUUCUAAAUCUGUUAAGAAGAUUAUACAUUCUAUGAACAAUAAUGAAAAAAGAAUACCUAAAGUUCGAAGAAAUCUGGUAGAAAAAUGCUUAAAAAAUAAAAGAAAUAAGUUGCUACUGAAAUGUUCAGUUUGCUUAGAAAGUACAAAACUACCUUUUGAUAAGCCACAGAGGAUAAGAAUACAGAAACCUAGUUUAGAAAUUGAUAAAAGUGUGCAAAAACGAAGAAAGAAAAGAACCAAAGAUAAAACUGCUGGUUUAAAUAUUUCUGGAAUUUCGAAUUUGAGUACAGACAGAAUUGAGGAAGAAUUGAAAGAAACAAACACAAGAAAAGUAGGAGGUACUACAAACUUUAUUACACCAACUCCAAAGUUAAAGAAACUAAACAUAAAUAGAUUAAAAGAUAUUGUGAAUCAAGGUGCAACACCUCCAAAGAGAAAGAGUCUACAUAGUUUCUUAACAGAACUCUGUUAGAAAUUAAUUUAUUAUCAAAGUAUUUUUAUAAAAGUUCUAUUACUUAUUAUAUAAGGAAUAUUUGACACAUAUUUUUUCAUUAAAAAAAAAAAGAAAAGAAAAAAUUAUCAUUCUUGUAUUGUAAUUCAAAAAUUUCUAUCCUCAAUUGACAAAAUCGACUCUUGUACGUGCAUGAAUCAUUAAAUAAUUGUCAAUUUUUAUUUCCUGUAAUUGUAAACUGUUCUCUACAGCAUUAUCCAUAUAAUAAAAUAAAUACACUAUACAUCAUGCAUCAAGAGUGAAUCAUA